CACACCACCAACAACCGAAGAGAUUACUGAUCUCAUUAAACACACAACAAACAAGCCUAUUCAGACAAAAUCGUGCCACUUCGAUCGCUUUGUUCUACAAACAGUUAAAAAGGAGGAGCGAUCAUGUCAGUUUGUUUGGAGAACCGUUAUUCUCAAUUUGAUACACAGAGUCCUCGUGACAGCAGCGGCGCAUCGCGCGCGGAGUGCCAAUCUGGGUGUUUCAUGACGCGCGCGCGUCAAUUACAGGUGUCCAUUAACCACCGCGCGCAUCACGACCUCGAGGAAUGACGCGGAACUCGAAACGCUUUCGUUUAUCCAUGUAAACAUGAGUGAAGACACGAAAGAACACACUCGUCUACGAACAAGUCUGCUGUUAACAUUCUGUGCCACUGACAACUACCGCAACUUUAUUUGGAUUGAGUCACGUCCAGUCCAUUGAAACGGUGUCACGCGUCUGAAAAUGAACUCGUCGUGACUGGAAGACGCUUAUCAUCGUGACUGCCGAUGUCCUCUGGAGAUCUGAAGAGCCCUGAUCUGCUCAGCGGAGGAUCACAACACAGGAGGAGACCCAGGCACUGUGAGACUUUAGCAUUCCCUCAUUGCACCAGCUGUCAGGAAAAGAGCAUCUGCAGAUAUUCAUUUCUUCUUGUAAAAGAGGCCUUGGCAGACCGUCGGAAAGUGCCUCUUCAGUUUCCCUUUUGCAUUAUAUCGGACAUCUUGCAUUUUCAUGGAACACAAUUCAAACUGACCUCUGGUUAACUUUGAGAAAAUGAGCUCAGCAAACACUUGGAUAGACUCUUAAUGGUUUUAAACUACAGGAUUUGUAGAAAUAUGGUAGUUAUGAGACUUGGUGAGUGAACUCAACAACAUAAUCAGACUUAAAAUUUUCCCACUGGAUCCUGGAGGGCCCAAACCUCAAGGUGAUAAUCAUGGUGAUGUCGCAGGGCACCUAUACGUUUCUGGCGUGCUUUGCCGGAUUCUGGCUGAUCUGGGCUCUCAUUGUCAUGCUUUGCUGCUUUUGCAGCUUCGCCCAGCGCAAGCUGAAGCGACGGCGUGAAGAGAGGCUGAGGGAACAGUGCCUGCGGGCGCUGGAGAUGGAGCCUCUGGAGUGCACUGGAGGGGGAUAUCCUCCCAGGGAGCCCCCUCAGUUCUGCCCACCCAUUCAAAUGAUGUCUCCACAGCUGCCUGUAACACACACUCUCCCUCAGGCAAACUGGACUGUCCCUGAAGACACAGAUGUCUUUGGAAAACCUCCCUGCUACGAAGAGGCUGUAUUGAUGGAGGACCCACCGCCCCCUUACAGUGAGGUUCUGGCGGACCCCAGGGGAGGAACUUACACCAAACCUUCAUCCAGGUCCUCCAGGGAGCACCAGGAGUCCGAGACCAGCAAGAUGGCCCCCGUGACCGUGUUUCCAGAACGUGGCUACUCCUCCCUCAUACGCCUACCUUCGGCUAGACGCUGGGACUCACUUGGGCACCUCCUGUCCACCAUGGACCUUAACCACAACAACCUGCCUGUCGAGCCUCAGGCCUCUGCCAUCGCCACCAUGCCUCGUGAGGGCCGGACUCACACAGACUUGGGCUUGCGGGGACUCCGUGGUCUUGAUCAACACUAUGGUUUGCCCACAGCCUUUCCCCUUUUGGGUCGGAGCACAGCAGUAUGAGGCCACAAAAAUAGACCUCCGGACCACUUUCUGAGAUGAACACUCACAAUGCAGAGUCAUUUGUGGUCUGAAGAGUCUACCAGAGGCAUUUUGAACUCUGUCUUUUGGGGGCCCCAUCAGUUCAGGAUGAUUCAGCUUUGUUCAGGGGUUCAUUUGCAGAUCCAUCAUACUCGCUUUUCUCUCUUGUCCUCCUCCUCGCUCUCCGUGGCAUCUCCGCCUGAUGCAGAGCAGCAGCUAUUAUGUGACUGCUGUUGCCAUGGCUCCCGGGAGCUGUCUGCAGCCCACCAACACCUCGCCCCUCACAUCAUCUCUUCUUCCUUUCUCAUCUGCGGCUCACUGAUAUAAUACAAAUGACAUUUCAAACCCUGCCUUUGAGACACGGGGUAAAAUACAGAAGUGCGACAUGGUGAAAUGACAGUGGUUGGUCCGUACUGUAGCUACACAAUGCUGCUCAGCUGUACAAAAAUGUUUCAUAAACUGGGAAACAAUACCUGGCAUCUCUUUCUGGAUUUUCUGCCAGUUCUUUUCUCGAGAAGGAGACUGAACUUUGGGGGUGGAUGGAAAAGCUUCAAAGUAAUCACAAAUCCUCAAAAGGAAGUUGGCUAAAGAAUUGCGGUUUUUGAAACAUGUCUGUAAUGCCCAUUGGAAAAAAAAAAGUUGUCUCUCACAGCUUAAAGGGGUCAUGAGUUGCCUUUUUUUUUUUUUUUGCACUGUUCUCUGAGGUCCCUCAAGAUUUUUAUAUAAAAAACAUCAUAAUUUAGAAGUUAAUAGGCUAUUUUCUGUCAUGUUUUUAUGUGUAGAUUCGUAAGUAAACACCCACUGCUAUGAUUGACAGUUAUGUAUGUUUGACAGUACAUCCUUCAUAGAUGAACGCUGGUGUGAUUUAGGUAAAAAAAUGCAUAAAUAUUUACUCAAUACAUAUCAAAUGACCUCAGACAAAGCAAUAGUGACCAGGUAAUGAAAACAGAUACUCACACUUGUGUGGUGAGACAUUACUGUCGAAUCCAAUAAAGUCGGCACAGCAUGGUCUUUUAGUUUCAAUCUUUCUGAAAAUCCCACGUCGAAUUGUACUUUUUUUGUAAACAAAUCCAUGGUAAAAUGAAGUGAACAAAGGACCAAGUUCUUACUGACACGGCCUGGAACUUCAUUAAAACUAAAGUUCAUCCACUCUUUUCAAACGUUAGGAUCAGAAGGAAGGCAAUGCAAAGACUGUGUUUUUCCACAGCUUGGCACUGCACAGCGUCUUGUUUUCUUCGGAGUAUCUUUAUCGUUUGGUUUCUGCAUAGACCUGUGUUUGUCUCUCUCGUUAUUUAAGCUAUAUGCGCAAUUGGUGGGUGGAGCAAAACAGGAAGCGAUGUAGAAGCAGGCGUUGAUCUUCCUCUGCAGAGGCUGUGUUUAGCCACACUAUUACGUAAUAAAGUGGCACAUUCCACAAGCUGUCAUUUUGGCAGACUGUUUUCAAUAUAAGCUGUUUUUAGAGUAACAAGAAAGGUUUGAGUUCUGAAACUUACGGGAUGUUUUUAUAGUACAAUGACCUCUUAUAUGUUAAAAGAUCAAGAGAAUUUUGAUUUCUCAGUUCAUGACCCCUUUAAUGCAUUAGACCAUGCGGGUACAUUGAGGAACUGCCUUUUAUUUCAUGUCAAUAUUAUUAUUCUCUUUUUUACCGAUUCUCAAUCUCUGUAUGAAGAAUGAUUUUUUUUUUUCAUCCAUCGUCCUAAAGUGCUCGUCAGAUUGAAGAUAGGACCUUGUUUGUAAUGACCUGCGAAUAGGAUUUGUCAACAUUUUCACGCAUCACCAUGUUGGCCACGUUACUCCCUGCUGUUGUUGCAGCCACAUGUGGGAUUUCUGGCAUUUAUUCAACAAACUCCAUUUAUAAACUGGUGCUUCUCAGAGUUAGACCGACUGAAUCCCUUUUGCUAGGCUUUUUUUUGUCAUCAACGUAGUGAUUGCCACAUUGUGAAAAUGCUUCAUUUAAUUUUUUCCUUUUAUUGCCAUCAUUUCUAUUAUGUAUGUUUUCCAUGCCCUUAAAACGAUUCUACCUCAAUCCAUCUAAUGGCUGUCUUUGUCAGCUUCCUGGCAUAAAACUCUGCUUUCAUGCAUGUGCUGGAUGCUUUCAAAUGACAUUUGAUUAAAAUGAGCUCCAUUUUGGAAAUGUGAAAAAGCAAUUAGCGGCAUAUGUGGGCACACAUUCAAGCACAAUGCUUUUACUACAUCAUAGUGAUGUCUUUGGUUCAUUAUUUUUAAUUGCGCAGCCAUUACUAGACCGCCCGAAAAUAACAAAAGCAUAAAGGAAUCAUACAUCCCACAACUCACGCCAUAAAAACUUGGUGUACAAGGCAUUGUUCCCUGCUUCAUUUAUAACCUGUCCUGACUAAAUUACAUAAUGCAAUUAAAUGAAGGAUAUAUUGAUUACUUUUCAAAUUUCAUCCCUACAAAGAUGAAAUAAUGUGUCUGUGUUGAAUAUUGGAAAUCUUACUCCAAAAAUUUGACAGUGAAAGUUUACCUUGAGUACAAUUUCAAGGCCAAAGUACACCAUAUUUAUUUGAAAUAAAAAAUAAUGCCCUGUAAAUGUUCUGUUAAAAAAUGGCAUCAGUUCAGGUGAAAUAUUCAUAUUUUUGCACAGACCAAAAUACAAUAUUGUAGAGACAAUCAAUUAAAUUUACAGCACUUUACUGUCAUUUCAAAAACAUCCUGCUAGGUUACACUACAGCAUUCAAAAAUGGCUACAGCCCCAAAAUACUUAAAUUAAUCUAAGGGAAAGGUUUGAUGAUCAUUUUGGGAGAAUAUUGCUGUUUAAAAUGACUGUAUCUGCUUUUACUCUCUAUAUUCAGUUAUAUCACAACAGAAGCUAAAGACAGAGAUGUAAACUGUCUUCACUCUGCCAGCAAUGUGUUGCUAAGAGACCGUAGAAGAGCCGUGUGAAUCUGUUUGCAUAGAUGAAGUGAGCAGUACCGUCACUGCUCUGGUACACAGCCUUCUCACAUCCACUAUGAUAAGUGGAUUGUGGUUUGCAAAUUAGCAUAUAUGAGACGUAUUAUGUACCAAAUGUACCCCGUUUGUGCCAUUUUCAACGAAAGCCAUCAUAAAAAGGCUCUGAUCUAUCAAUCAAAAGGGGUUUUGUGUGUGAAUCUCUUUUGAUGUGGUAAGAGUCUCAAUUUAGACUCAGUUUUGUCCCCAUUUGACACCAAAUUUACACUCCAAAUUCUCUAUAGCACACUUUCUUUCUCCGUCACAUGAUCUGUGAAUGGCAAACUGUGAAAGUGUUUCAUGCAAUGUUCAUGUAGCAUGCAAAGUGUGCUUGUGUGUGCGGCCACGCUACAGUCGGAGCUGUACUAUUUCAUAGCUGCUAUGUACAGUAUUUUGGUUUGUUUUCUAAAAAUAUACACAAUACACAAACAGGGCCAGUGAAUGCCUGAUAUCUGAUUAAUAAAACUGAGGUACAAAGUCUAAAGUUAUGACAGCGU